CCCCUCCCCCCUCCCCCAGCCGCCUUGUGCAAAGAUGGCUGCACCGUGAGCGCAGAGGAGGAGGAGGCGGCGGCGGCGGCGGCGAGAGAGCGAGCACCCAGCGCCCGCACCCACCCCGGGGCCGCCCGGGACGCCCCCUCCUGAGCGCGCGCCCUCCCUUCUCUCUUGCAAGCGCCGGGGCAAAGGCGGAGACAGCGGGGUCCCUCCUACCCCCCUUUCCCUCCAGGGGGAACCCCCCUUCCCCCUCCUUGGCUCGGCGGCUGCACCCCCCUCCCUUGCCCGCCCCUCCGCCCCUGCCCCCUCCCUCCCCAGCCCGGGGCCUUCCCGGGCCUUCGGCGGCUGCAAAGAAAAAGAGAGAGAGAGAGAGAGAGAGAGAGGAAAAAAAAGCAGCAGCGGAGGGAGCGGCGGCGGAGGAGAGCGCGCGCGCGCCCCCUCCCUCCCUCCCUCCCUCCCCCUCCCCCCAAUUUCCACCGCGGCCAAUUCAUGGACAGGAACUACCCCAGCGCCGGCUUCGGGGACCCGCUCGGCGCCGGGGCGGGAUGGAGUUACGAGAGGUCAGCGAAAGCUAGCUUGGUCUAUGGCAGCUCCAGGACCUCGCACCCCGAGACCGACAUCUUACACCGCCAGGCCUACGCGGCCCCCCACCCACUGCAAAGCUAUGCCACCAACCACCACCCGGCAGGCCUCUCUGGACUCUUCGACACUGGCCUCCACCACGCGGGCUCAGCAGGGCCCGACGCCUCCGUCAUGAACCUCAUCUCGGCCCUGGAGUCCCGGGGCCCCCAGCCUGGCCCCUCUGCCUCCUCUCUCCUCUCCCAGUUCCGCAGUCCUUCCUGGCAAACAGCCAUGCACACGCCGGGCCCCACGGAGCUCUUCAUUUCAGGCGCCCUGCCGGGUUCCAGCACCUUUCCAUCCUCCUCUGCCCUGUCGGCCUACCAGCACCCGGCUUCCUUCGGCAGCCGCCCCUUCCCAGUGCCCUCAUCCCUCAGCCUCCAAGACCCCCCAUUCAGCCCCCCAGCUAAUGGGCUCCUGUCCCCUCAUGACGUGUUGCACCUGAAGCCCUCGCAGGCACCCACAGUGCCAUCCUCGCUGGGCUUCGAGCGCCUGGCGGGGGGCGGUGUCCUGGGGCCCGCUGGUCUUGGCCCGGCCCAGACCCCUCCGUACCGUCCCGGCCCCCCAGACCCCCCGCCACCUCCCCGCCACCUCCCGACUCAGUUCAACCUGCUGGCUUCCUCUUCUGCUGCCGCCGCCGCCGCCGCCGAACAGUCCUCCCCACAGCUGUACAACUUCUCGGGUGCUGCCCCAGGCCCCCCGCCACCCGAGCGGGCCCUGCCCCGCCAGGACACCGUCAUCAAGCACUACCAGCGGCCGGCCAGUGCCCAGCCCCCGCCACCCCCGCCCCCAGCACAUGCCCUCCAGCACUAUCUGAGCUGUGGAGGCAGCUAUCCCUCCAUGGGCCACAGGGCUAACCUGGCCUGCAGCCCCCUGGGCGGUGGGGAGCCCUCUCCUGGUGCUGGGGAGCCUAGCAAGGCCGGGCCCAGUGGAGCGGCGGCUGGAGCAUCAGGCCGGGCUGCGGGCCCGGAGGCAGCUGGAGGAGGUGGGGCAGGGGGUGGCGGUGGAGGUUACCGCCCCAUCAUUCAGUCGCCCGGUUACAAGACGGGCAAAGGUGGCUAUGGAGCGGCUGCGGGCGGUGCCAACAGACCCCCACCACCCCGUUCGACGGCCACACCCAAAUGCCAGAGUCUGGGUGGGCCAGCAGCCGCCUAUGCCACUGGGAAGGCCUCUGGGGCUGGUGGGGCAGGUGGCCAAGCCUAUUCUCCUGGUCAGCCCCAAGGGCUGUUAGGACCCCAGGCCUAUGGGCAAGGGUUUGGAGGGGGUCAAGCCCAGGACUUGAGCAAAGGCCCGAGCUACUCAGGGGGGCCCCCGCAGCCUCCCAGUGGCCCCCCACCUCCUGGCCUAGCCACGUGCCAGAGCUACUCCCCAGAUCAGCUGCAGGGGCAGCUCUAUGGUGUUCAGGGUGAGCCAUACCCAGGGCCAGCUGCCCACUCCCAGGGGCUGCCCACGGCCAGCCCCUCGCUCAGCUACAGCACUGGCCAUUCCCCUGCGCUCUCGGGUCACGGAGGUGGCUGGGGGCCCAGCUCUCUGGGGGGUGGUGGGGAGGCCAGCCCUUCUCACAUCAUCCGCCCGCUGCAGUCGCCGCCGGCCCCUGGCCGCCCGCCCGGAGUCGGCUCUCCGGGGGCCCCCGGCAAAUACCUGAGUUCCGUCCUGGCGUCAGCCCCGUUCCUGGCACCCCCAGGAGCCGGCAGCUAUGCAGCUGGAGCAGGGGGCUACAAAGGCAAGGGGGAUGGCUCGGAGCUGCUGGCAGGGCCCGGCGGCCCUCCUGCCGAGCGCACGGAAGAUGAGGAAUUCCUCAUCCAGCAUCUCCUGCAGGCUCCUAGCCCCCCGCGGACCUCAGGGGCAGACGGCUUGGUGGGGGAAGAUGGGGCGGCAGAUGCCUCCAAGGGACUUGGGGGUAGUGGUGGGGCCGGGGGCCCACCGGGCACACCCUACGAGCUGGCUAAGGAAGACCCCCAGAGGUAUCAUCUACAGAGCGUUAUCCGCAGCAGUGGCAGCCUUGAUGAGGGUACCACGGCAGCCCUGGAGCUGGGCCUGGGGAGGCUGAAGGAGAAGAAGAAAGGGCCAGAACGGGGCGGCGAGACCCCAGAGGGGCUGGCCACCUCAGUUGUUCACUAUGGGGCAGGUGCCAAGGAGCUGGGGGCCUUCCUCCAAAAGAGCCCACCACCCCCACCUCCCACAGCUCAGCCUGCCCAGCCCACACCCCAUGGCCUCCUCCUGGAGGCUGGGGGCCCUGACCUCCCACUGGUGCUGCCCCCACCUCCGCCCCCACAGCUGCUCCCCUCAGUCCUCAGCCAUGCCCCCAGCCCCUCUCCCAGCGCCCCCAAAGUUGGUGUUCAUCUCCUGGAGUCAGCCACCCGCGACGGAGCACCCCAGCCGCCCCCGCCGCCGCCCCCGCCUCCUCCACCCAUGCCCCUCCAGCUCGAGGCCCAUCUCCGCAGCCACGGCCUGGAGCCUGGUGCCCCCAGCCCCCGCCUGCGACCCGAGGAGAGUCUGGAGCCACCAGGCACCAUGCAGGAAUUGCUUGGGGCCCUGGAGCCACUGCCCCCGGGGCCUGGUGACACUGGUGUGGGCCCACCUAAUACCGAGGGCAAGGAUCCCUCUGGUGCCUACCGCAGCCCCAGCCCGCAGGGCACCAAGGCCCCCCGCUUUGUGCCACUCACGUCCAUCUGUUUUCCUGACUCCUUGCUCCAAGAUGAGGAGCGCAGCUUCUUCCCCACCAUGGAAGAGAUGUUCGGCGGAGGGGCAGCGGACGACUAUGGCAAGGCUGGGCCACCCGAGGACGAGGGCGAUCCCAAGGCGGGAACUGGGCAGCCUCCAGGCCCCCCAGCCUAUGAUCCUUAUGGGCCCUACUGCCCUGGUCGGGCGUCUGGAGCUGGGCCCGAGACGCCAGGCCUGGGCCUGGACCCCAGCAAGCCACCUGAGUUGCCCUCCACGGUCAACGCCGAGCCUCUGGGCCUGAUCCAGAGCGGGCCCCACCAGGCGGCCCCGCCGCCGCCACCGCCACCGCCACCGCCACCGCCGCCACCUGCCUCGGAGCCCAAGGGAGGCCUCACCUCGCCCAUCUUCUGCUCUACCAAGCCAAAGAAGCUGCUCAAGACAUCCUCCUUCCACCUGCUGCGGCGCCGUGACCCGCCCUUCCAGACACCCAAGAAGCUGUACGCCCAGGAGUACGAGUUUGAGGCGGAUGAGGACAAGGCCGAUGUGCCUGCUGACAUCCGUCUGAACCCUCGACGCCUGCCCGACCUGGUGUCCAGCUGCCGCUCCCGCCCAGCCCUCUCACCCCUGGGCGACAUCGACUUCUGUCCACCCAACCCAGGCCCGGAUGGCCCCAGGCGCCGUGGCCGCAAGCCCACAAAGGCUAAGCGUGAUGGCCCACCCCGGCCCCGGGGGAGGCCCCGGAUCCGCCCACUGGAGGUCCCCGCCACUGCUGGGCCAGCCUCAGUCUCCACGCCCACUGAUGGGGCCAAGAAACCUCGGGGCCGGGGCCGUGGUCGGGGCAGGAAGGCUGAGGAGGCGGGGGGCACGCGGCUGGAGCCCCUAAAGCCACUUAAGAUCAAGCUGUCUGUGCCCAAGGCCGGCGAGGGUCUGGGAGCCUCCUCAGGCGACGCUAUAUCCGGCGCUGACCACAACAGCCUGGAUUCCAGCCUGACCCGGGAGAAGAUUGAGGCCAAGAUCAAGGAGGUGGAGGAGAAGCAGCCAGAGAUGAAGUCCGGAUUCAUGGCCUCCUUCCUGGACUUCCUCAAGUCCGGCAAGCGUCAUCCGCCACUCUACCAGGCCGGCCUGACACCCCCGCUCAGCCCCCCCAAGAGCGUGCCGCCCUCCGUGCCCACCCGUGGCCUGCAGCCUCAGCCUCCUACCGCCCCCACUGUGCCACACCCCCCGCCCUCCGGCGCCUUCGGGCUGGGGGGCGCGCUGGAGGCGGCCGAGAGCGAGGGGCUGGGGCUGGGCUGCCCUUCACCCUGUAAGCGGCUAGAUGAGGAGCUGAAGCGGAACCUGGAGACGCUGCCCUCCUUCUCCUCUGAUGAAGAAGACUCGGUGGCCAAGAACCGGGACCUGCAGGAGAGCAUCUCCUCGGCCAUCUCUGCGCUCGAUGACCCACCCCUCGCUGGGCCUAAGGACACUUCCACCCCAGAUGUGCCCUCCUUGGCAGCUGAGGCUGCGGUGCCAGGGCCUCCCCCACUCCCGGGGCUCCCUAGUGCCAGCAGCAAUGGCACACCCGAGCCCCCGCUGCUGGAGGAGAAGCCCCCGCCCUCGCCGCCUCCUGCCCCGACGCCGCAGCCGCCUCCGCCGCCCCCACCACCCCCGCCGCCAGCCCUGCCCUCGCCGCCCCCUCUGGUGGCCCCAGUACCCAGCUCGCCGCCCCCGCCGCCCCUGCCAUCGCCGCCCGCCCCACCGCCGCCCCCGCCGGCCGUCGCGCCGGAGGAGCCCGCUGCCCCGUCCCCCGAGGAGCCCGAGCCUCCCGAUGCACGGCCCCUGCACUUAGCCAAGAAGCAGGAGACGGCGGCAGUGUGUGGGGAGACUGACGAGGAGGCUGGCGAGAGCGGCGGGGAGGGCAUCUUCCGGGAGCGCGACGAGUUCGUCAUCCGCGCCGAGGACAUCCCGUCUCUCAAGCUGGCGUUGCAGACGGGGCGGGAGCCCCCCCCCAUCUGGCGAGUGCAGAAGGCCCUGCUGCAGAAAUUCACUCCAGAGAUCAAGGACGGGCAGCGGCAGUUUUGUGCCACCAGUAAUUAUUUGGGAUAUUUUGGGGACGCAAAAAACCGGUAUCAGCGCCUUUAUGUCAAGUUCCUGGAAAAUGUCAACAAGAAGGAUUAUGUGAGGGUCUGUGCCCGAAAACCCUGGCACCGGCCCCCAGUGCCCGUCAGACGCUCAGGGCAGGCCAAGGGCCCCGCGUCUGCUGGGGGCAGCUCGGCACCGCCUCCCAAGGCCCCGGCACCACCUCCUAAGCCUGAGACCGCUGAUAAGACAGUAUGUGAGAAGCCCCCGGAGCAGACGCCUGAGACACCCAUGCCCGAGCCCCCUGCUCCUGAGAAGCCCUCCCCGCCACGGCCCCUCGAGAAGGAAAAGGAGAAGGAGCGGGUGACACGCGGGGAGCGGCCGGCCCGGGGAGAGCGGAGCGCAGGCGGACGGCAGACUCGGCCUGAGCGGAGCCUCACUGCGGGACAGCCCGCCACCUCCCGGCUGCCCAAGGCCCGGCCCACCAAGGUGAAGGCCGAGCCGCCCCCCAAGAAGAGGAAGAAGUGGCUGAAGGAGGCGGCGGGCAAUGCCUCUGCGGGCGGGGGUCCGCCAGGCAGCUCCUCGGACUCGGAGUCAUCCCCGGGAGCACCCAGCGAGGACGAGCGGGCAGUCCCUGGGCGUCUGCUGAAGACGCGAGCAAUGCGGGAGAUGUACCGCAGCUACGUGGAGAUGUUGGUGAGCACAGCCCUCGACCCAGACAUGAUCCAGGCCCUGGAGGACACGCACGACGAGCUGUACUUGCCACCCAUGCGGAAGAUUGAUGGUCUCCUCAAUGAGCACAAGAAGAAAGUCCUGAAGCGGCUGUCACUGAGCCCAGCCCUGCAGGACGCCCUGCACACGUUCCCCCAACUGCAAGUGGAGCAGAGUGGGGAGGGCUCCCCGGAGGAGGGGGCCGUGCGGCUGCGGCCGGCGGGGGAGCCGUACAACCGCAAGACGCUCAGCAAACUCAAGAGGAGCGUGGUCCGAGCCCAGGAGUUCAAGGUGGAGCUGGACAAGUCGGGAUACUACACGCUCUACCACUCCCUCCACCACUAUAAGUACCAUACUUUCCUGCGCUGCCGGGACCAGCUAGACCUCCAGGCCCCAAUGGCUGCCCGCCGCAGCUCCCUGUCUAACGCCCUGCAGACCCUGGCCAUCGAGGGCGGUGCUGAGGACCUGGGCCAGGAGGAGGUGGUCCAGCAGUGCAUGCGGAACCAGCCGUGGCUGGAACAGCUCUUCGACUCCUUCAGCGACCUGCUGGCCCAAGCACAGGCCCACAGCCGCUGUGGGUGACCCCCGCCCAGCCUGGGGGAGCCACCUCUUCCACGAACGGAGAAUUGGGACAGAACUGUGUCCUCAGGAGCUAACCCCCUGGGCCCUGUCGCCAGGGAAGAGGGGGGUCAUCGGUCAGGGUGUGUCCAUGCUGCCCCCACAGGGCAGGGUUCAAAGUUCGACUCCUCCCCUCUCCCACACCCCCUCCACUCCCCCCCCAACCCUCCCACUGUCCGGUGUACAGAGAAAUUAUUUAUAUAUAUGUAUAAAUGUCUAUUUAGUAACGGUUUCCCUCCCCACCUUGCCCCAAUCCUCUCUCCAUGGCCACAGCCCUGCCCCCUCCACCUUGUACAUAAUGUAUAGGAAAAGUCUAUGUAUGGUUGAGGGGAGCGGGGUGGCUUCAGAGAGCUGGGGGACCCCCCUCCCCCCCAAUCCUCCCCUCAUAGGCCAAGAUCUUUGCUAAAGGCCAUAGCCUCCCCAGGGCAUUCGGCAUUGGGUGGGAGGGGGAAAUCGCAUCUUGUUAAUUAUUUUUAAUCUUAUUUAUUGUACAUACCUGGGGCGGAGGGCUGGGGAGGUGGAGGGGGGAGAAGGGUCCCCUCCCUUUGGCCCUCCUGCUCCUUUUCUACUGCGAUUGUCUGUGUCUGCCCCUCCCCCACCAUCCCAUCCCCUUGUUGUCUGGAUGUGGUUCUAUUUUUUAUCCGUCUCCUCUCCCCUCCCCUCCCCCCAACCCCUCUGCUCCUACCUCCCGACCACCCUUUGUCUCUUGCUCUUUCUUGGGCUUCUGUACAACUCAACUUGUAUACACUGUGUACACACAACCAGCCAAACGAAAACCCAACAGCAAACACUUUA